CCAGCGCAAUAUUUAUGCCAAAGCCAACCAAUAUAAAUUUGACAGUUUAAAGUAUCACACCUUAGACUUUCUAUGAACAUCUAAAAAAAUUAAAUAAAAAAAAUAGCCCUGAUAUUUGGGAGAGUCGAUGAGUGUGACAGCCGACCAGUCAUGUUCAAGGAAGAUAAGUUUUGUCGACACGCGCGCUGUGGUGGUGACAAGACUACACCAGUCAGUUCAAAACCCUCAGGACAGGAAGGCGAUUGGAAUUAUCACCGGUAACAUACAAGUUGGAUAGGAUAGAGCACACACCACAAAGCCUCUUAGCAAAAAAGUGGAACACACAAGUGAGGGCAAACAUUCGCCAUUAACCAUGUGAAGAGAGGCCACAAAGUGAAUGUUGCGUACACCGACAGUAAAGCACAUCCUGCUGAGCCUGUCCGAGCUCUCUUUUUUCCGAAUUUUAGUGUAACUGAGAGAGUAAAGAGCAAAAUAUAGCAGCUUUCAGAAAAAGGAAAUAAAACCAAAGAAGAAAUCGUUCAUCGAGUUACUGACUGCCAGUGUCAGCCAUGUCCAAGGCAUCCCCGAUGGUGUUAUGGACUUUGCUUUUGGUGUUGUACUUAUGCAUCCUUCACACGUACGGACAGACCGGCAACAGACUGGAAAACGGCAAGAUAGUAUGGGGAGACCUGGAGCCUGACGACGAGUACAAGACUACGGGCUAUAAGGCAGACCUAGGGGGACUUGAACCCUAUUACAACCUGGCUAAAAGUUUCAUCCGUUCUUCCUUAGCCGAAAACCUGCCCAUAGAGAAACUGAAAGCUCUAUUAAAGGACUUCUCCGGGCCAACAAUAAAAGACGUGUUGGUCGACUCCUUUCUUGGCUAUGCCGUCUGCCUCGCCAUCGGAAUCCUCUUCAUCCUAAUCUUUCCCAUCGUUGGUCUCUGCUUCUGCUGCUGUCGUUGCUGUGGCAACUGCGGAGGAAAGAGGAUCCAGGAGGUGAAGCCCAACGCCAAGUGUCGGCGAAUCGGCUUUGGAGUGGCGCUCGUCAUUCUCUCCCUCUUUGUCGUGGCGGGGUCAGCGUGCGCCUUUGUGUCCAGCAACCAGGUGACUAACAGCAUUGGCCCCAUCAAGGAUGUGCUCAACAACAGCGUGGACGACGUCCAAACAUUCUUCGGCAAUGUCAACAGGUCUUUUACUCACAUCGCUGACGGUAACUUCAAGUUCUUGAUAGACGUUGUGGAUAACUAUACCAAAGAGGCCUCAGGCCACGUGUCAGACCAGCUGAUGAAGGAUGUUUCAAAGAUUGUCAACCUGCAGACGCCUCUGGACGCUAUUGGAAAUUUGAAGAACGAAGCGGUCGUCAAGGUUGAUAGACUGUCACAACUGACUCAGACACUCGACACUCAGCUCCCUCAGACAGGUGGUCCUUCACCUGUUGCUGGCAUCCAAACGACUCUGAGUGAAUUCAAAACGAAGGUUUCUGCUGAUGUCUUCGGAGACCUGAAGAAGAAAAUAGACUCACAGAUUAGCACCACCAUUGCUGGCACAACACAGAGAGUUGAUGUUCACGGUAAGAUGGAUCCAAUAUUUGAAAACAACAUCAAGCCGAUGCUGGAGAAGAUCAGAGACAUGAAAACAACGAUGGGCGACACAACGAAAGAUUUCAGCUCGACGAUGAACUCGUACAUCGAUACAGCAAAACCUUACGACAAGUACAGGUGGAUAGCCGGGGUGGCGCUGGCCUCGCUGAUCCUGCUGAUCGCUGUUCUGCCGCUGGUGGGGGUGUUGCUGGGGUUAUGUGGGGGCAGCGAGAAGGUCAAGCCUACAGAGCGAGGCUGUGCGUCCAACUGUGGAGGAAUACUGUUGAUGAGUGCCGCUGGCCUCAUCUUCAUCUUCGGGCCGCUGCUGAUGCUGCUGACGACAACAAUGUACGCUGUGGGGUCGCCUCUCGAGCGCUACGGAUGUGAGGGCGUGCACGACGUUAAGAAGCUGGAAUCGUAUGUCCCUCUCAUUGACGGCAUAGGGUUCGAUCCUCGAAACGUCACAUUAAAUGUUGCUGGAGAGACGGUCACUGUUUCUGCCUCGACAGUUUUGGACUCUUGCAAGGAAGGAAAGACGCUGUACACCGUGUUAGACCUCAAGAAGGUGAUCGACAAGGGUCUGGAAAAAGUGACUGAGUUCAAAAACGGCAGUUUGACGAAAGGCCUGAGCUUCGACUCAAAUACAGUUGCAACCAGCCUCGGGAAAGCCACUCUAGAUGCCACUUCUGCAGUCAAUGACCUAAAAGCCACAGUGACUGUAGUCGGCAACUUGCAAACACAAAUUACUAAUCUCGAGAAUCAAGUUAUGGCCCUGGGCUCAGCAGCUGGGCAGAUGGUCAACAUUGUGUCGGAUAUGAAAAGUACUGCUGCGGAACUGACAAAAGUAGCCAAUGACAUAGAGACGGAAGCACAGCAAAUACCAACACUUAUUACUACAGCUACGAAUACUUUAAAGGACCCCACAGUGAUGCCACAACUCAUAGACAAGGCAACAAAGACGCUACAGGAUAAUAUAUUUCAAUUUGUGGACUCCUACACAACUGAUCUUAAAACUAAGAUGGCCAAUGAAGUGGGAAAGUGCACCCCCCUGUACUCAAUCUUCAAUGCCAUGAUGAUGGAAGGCCUCUGUUAUGGCAUCGUCGAUCCUUUGAACGGCUUCUGGUUGGCCAUUGGCUGGUCCAUCUUCUUCUUCAUGCCGUCUUUGAUCCUGUCCGUCAAGCUGGCCAAGUACUUCCGGACAAUGCUGUAUGAUGAUAGCUACGACAAUCCCAUACACAGUGCGAGUGUCCCGCCCCUAGCGACAAAACCGUCGUCUGGAAAGAAGAAGCGUCCAUCUUUUCCACAGGCCGAUGGGUAAGAAAGAAGGUUAUUUCUGAAAACGACUGGAGAUUCAAAUGGAACAGAGUCAGCCCCUUUUAAAACUCCUGUUGUAUGAGGAAGACGCUGAGAAGCCAGUUUACAAUUGAUUGACACUUAUUGAUGGAAAUUGUGUACAGGUCAUCUAAAGGAGCCAUGAAUGUUAACGAAGACGAAAUAUUCUGAAAUGUGUCUGGGCCCCUGUCAGACUACCUGUUUGUCUCUGUGUCUGCUUCCUUGUCUUUCAUUUGUGUGUUUUUGCUUGGACAUAUGUGUAGCAUUUUUUUAAGUGUAUGUAUAUGAGAAGUUGCAUUUCAGUUCUUCUCUCUUCCUCUUGUUCUUUUGGAACAGAAGAGUCUAUUUUAUAUGACUGAUGAACUGGGCAAGCAGACACCAAAGAGACCACACUUCGCUAGAAUCUGUGUCUAUUGUUUUUCACUGAGCAAGAAAGUUGCUAUUUUUUUAGGGUAGAAAGGUGGAGAUCUUAUAUUUUUUAAACAACUAUUUUCUGUCGUUGUAAUCAUUCUGACAUCGUGCUGAUGACAAUGAUCAGUCUUCACCGAGAACACAUUCAUGGACAUCCGGGUGCCGCAGUGGCGCAGCGGUUACAUGCCUGUCACCUGUAUCUUGAACCUACAGGGGAUUUCUCACUUCGCAAUGGCUGGACUAGCCUGCUGUGAUGAUGAUGCUUUGUAUUACCAGUUGAUGUUUUUUUUCUUCAUUCUGCACACGUAUCACUAGUGUAUGCUGCCGGUAUUUUGCUUAUUUUCUGUUUGUUUUAGUUUGUUUGAGGUUUUUUCUUGGUCUAUGCUUUAUAUGGUUUUAGCAACAAAAAGUGUAUUUGAGGUUUGUUUUUUGACCAAUGUAUGUAUCUAGUGUCUUAGUUAGCGGGGUAAAUUUUAUUUGGGAAGAUAAAUUUUAACAAGGAUAUCAAUGGUCGAAGCACGUGACCAAAAAUUGUCCAAACACACGCCGAAUUCAGCUUGCAAUAGGACCACGAGAAACUUAGAGAUAACAGCGGGGUUUAUGUGCAAGAGAAAAUUUUCUGCUCGUGGCAUAUUCAUCCUUCAGCUUACCACGAGUUCACGAGAACAAUAGUUUGCACUUUGCAGCUGAUAGUUUGGAGGAGACAGGAUAUGCACACAUUUAGCAUCUUGAAAAAAUACAGAAAUAAAGUUACUAUUUGGGGGAAUUAAAGGAGCACGCAGAGGAAAGGUAGAGAGUCUUCAUCCAUCGAAUUCGACAAUUUGAUUUGUGAUUUGCUAAAAUAUUUCUACAUUUCAAUCCGUCAUUGUUAAUCCGUCCAAUUAUAUCUCUUGAUUUUUCUUUUUUCGUUUAUUUAACAUCGAAUAGAGUUAUCCAAAGAUCAAGAUAUUUUUGAUGUUUACGAAAGGCUCUUAAGUAUCCAUAUGAAGCUUCUUGUAUGAAUUUUAUCCUCAGACACGCUUUCAUUUUCUGAAUAUCAUGAAGUCAAAUCUUUCUCACACGUUACAAUAUUAAAACCAAUAUUAAAUUUCUUUACAAAAUAUCAAAAAUCUCUUAAACGAAUUUUCUGUUUCUACUUGAAUUUAAUUCGACCUCAAGAUCUCGCUUAGGAGAGUUCUUUUGACGAGAUCUUGCUAGCAGAGCUUCUCCGACUGAAGACAACUAUUCUCCAGAAUGUUCCAGACAGGGUUAGAAUUUUUACUUUGUAGAUCCCUUGUGAUAAUACAAAUCUGUGAUUUUUUCAGUAUUAUUAUGAAUAUUUCUUGUUAUUCUGCAGAUCUUUUGUUACAUGGAAAACUACUUCAUGAAUAUGUUUAGAUAAACAUAUGUUUUUGCUAAUUCUUUUCUUUAUGCUUAUCAAUUUUUAGAGUAUUUCUGGUUAAUUAUAAAAUAAUAAUUUUUUAAUCACUAUACAAAAAGUGGUAUGUAAUAAUUUAUCUUGGUGUGGACAAAACGUGUAACGAAGAACUCGGCCAAAAAAGGUUUUUGCCAGCAGUGGAUUGAAAACCAGUUUGAUGAGUGCGUAGUGUUUAGAAACACGAUUUGGUUUGUAAGCAAUUUAUACCCAAUUAUUUCAAAGAAAACCUACAAGUAAUUACAAAAUUUAUUGAUUUGUGAAACAUUUGAUUGUAGUGCUUACAGAAAUACUACAACUUUAAAGGAAUCAAGUAUUAGUAACAUAAUUAUAUAAGUGAAUAAAAUAUUUUUUCUGAAAAGAUAUGAUAAAGACACAGUUAAUUAUCGGCAAAUUUUAUUGAAGAAAUGUAAUUUCGUGUAAUGAAUUUUGUUUUAAAUAUCUGAAACUACUAAUCUACAACACCUAAUUUGGAUGUGAACCUCUGGUUUGUCUUUCUUUUGAUUUUUGAUACUGAAAGUAAUAUAUUGUAUUUGAGCUUCA